GAGGAGAGGAUCAGGCGGCCGGGCUGUGCCAGCCAAUCAGAGGCGCGCUCGGGAGCUGCAGAAGCCCGAGCCCAGAGCCCGGGGCUCCAGGAGCGCCCAGCCGCAGCCGGGGCUCUCGGCUGCAGCUGCUUUUCCUUCCCCAGCCCUGGGCAAGUCCCCUCCGUGCUGCUCCUGCCUUAAGUUUCCUUUCCACCACUAAGGGCCAGCCAGCCCAGGUAGAAAAUGGUUACCUGCAUUCACCUGCCUUGAAGAUUUAGGAUAGAAGCACCUGCUGUACUUGUUCUACAAGUGGUUCAGGAUGUAAAUGCAGUCUGACCUUUCCCGGAUGGGCAGUUAAAUCAUGGACACGCUACCUACUUUACUUUGGACCAUUCUUCCAAAAGAUGCUUUGACUUCUUUCUUGAAUGUUCGCUAAGCACUUGAGCACUUGUCGUUGACAAGGAAAAGGAAGAAAUCUGUGAACUGGAAAGUUAUCUUACAAUGAAAAUAACGAGCACAUCUUGUAUCUGUCCAGUCCUGGUGUGUCUCUGUUUUGUGCAGAGGUGUUAUGGAACUGCUCAACAUAGUUCCGUCAAGGGGACCAGAAACCAAACCAAACACAUUGAAGGGGAAACCGAUCCACCAUCGUCCUAAAAGGGGAUGGGUUUGGAAUCAGUUCUUUGUUUUAGAAGAACACAUGGGACCAGAUCCACAAUAUGUCGGGAAGCUGCAUUCAAAUUCUGACAAAGGCGAUGGGUCUGUCAAGUACAUCCUUACCGGAGAGGGUGCCGGGACUAUAUUUAUCAUUGAUGAUACCACAGGAGACAUUCAUUCAACAAAAAGCCUGGACAGGGAACAGAAGACACAUUAUGUUCUUCAUGCCCAGGCUAUUGACAGACGGACAAAUAAGCCACUUGAACCAGAAUCUGAAUUCAUCAUCAAAGUGCAAGAUAUCAAUGACAAUGCUCCCAAGUUCACAGAAGGACCCUACAUUGUUACCGUGCCUGAAAUGUCAGAUAUGGGUACCUCUGUUCUGCAGGUGACAGCUACUGAUGCAGAUGACCCUACCUAUGGGAACAGUGCACGGGUGGUUUACAGCAUUCUUCAAGGACAACCCUACUUCUCCGUAGAUCCUAGAACAGGAGUCAUCAGAACUGCCUUACAUAAUAUGGACAGAGAAGCCAGAGAACACUACUCAGUGGUAAUUCAAGCCAAAGACAUGGCUGGGCAAGUUGGAGGGUUAUCGGGUUCCACAACAGUCAACAUCACCUUGACAGACGUCAAUGACAACCCUCCACGGUUCCCUCAGAAGCACUAUCAGCUGUAUGUUCCUGAGUCAGCUCAAGUCGGUUCAGCUGUUGGGAAAAUCAAGGCCACUGAUGCAGACACUGGUUCAAAUGCUGACAUGACCUACUCUAUCACUAAUGGCGAUGGCAUUGGGAUAUUCUCCAUUUCCACUGACAAAGAAACCAGAGAAGGGAUUCUUUCCUUGAAGAAGCCACUGAACUAUGAGAAAAAGAAGUCAUACACCCUCAACAUAGAAGGAGCAAAUACACAUCUUGAUUUUCGCUUCUCUCACUUGGGUCCUUUUAAAGAUGCCACCAUGCUGAAGAUCAUUGUGGGAGACGUAGAUGAACCACCCCUCUUUUCCAUGCCUUCUUAUGUCAUGGAAGUCUAUGAAAAUGCCAAGAUUGGGACUAUGAUUGGAACAGUUUUGGCCCAAGACCCUGACAGUGCUAACAGUGUAGUAAGAUACUUCAUUGACUACAGUGCUGACGAUGACAGAUUUUUCAACAUCGAUGCCAAUACAGGAACCAUUAAGACCUCAAAGGUUCUUGAUAGAGAAGAAAACUCAUGGUACAAUAUCACCGUUUCUGCUUCAGAACAUGACAAUCCUGGUUUGCUGAGCCAUGUCACAGUGGGUAUUCGAGUUCUGGAUGUCAAUGACAAUCCACCGGAACUUGCCAGGGAAUAUGAUAUUGUUGUCUGUGAGAAUUCUAAGCCUGGCCAGGUGAUUCAUACCAUCAGUGCUACUGAUAAAGAUGAUUUUGCCAAUGGACCAAGAUUUAACUUCUUUCUUGACGAAAGCCGGUCUAUAAACCCAAACUUCACUUUGAAGGACAAUGAAGAUAACACAGCCAGCAUUCUGACAAGGCGGAGGAGAUUUAGUCGAACUAUGCAGGAUGUGUAUUAUCUCCCCAUUAUGAUCUCUGAUGGUGGAAUCCCCUCUCUCAGCAGCAGCAGCACCCUCACCAUCAGGGUUUGUGCAUGUGAGAGAGAUGGGCGUGUGCGGACUUGCCAUGCAGAAGCGUUCCUGUCCUCUGCGGGGUUGAGUACAGGGGCCUUAAUCGCUAUUCUUCUCUGUGUUGUCAUUCUUCUAGCGAUCGUGGUACUUUUCAUCACUCUGAGACGCAGUAAAAAGGAGCCCCUGAUCAUAUCGGAGGAGGAUGUGAGGGAGAACGUAGUCACCUAUGAUGAUGAGGGGGGCGGCGAGGAGGACACUGAGGCCUUUGACAUCACAGCUCUGAGGAACCCUUCGGCAGCUGAGGAGCUCAAGUACCGCAGGGAUAUCCGACCAGAAGUGAAGCUCACCCCUAGACACCAGACGUUGUCCACCCUGGAGAGUAUAGACGUUCAGGAGUUCAUUAAGCAGAGACUAGCAGAAGCUGACCUUGACCCCAGUGUUCCUCCCUAUGACUCUCUUCAGACUUAUGCCUAUGAAGGUCAGAGGUCAGAAGCUGGGUCCAUCAGCUCCCUGGAUUCUGCAACAACGCAAUCAGACCAGGAUUAUCAGUACCUUGGAGACUGGGGACCCGAGUUCAAAAAGUUAGCAGAACUCUAUGGAGAAAUAGAAUCUGAAAGAACAACUUAGGGGAUUGAUUCUGGGAACCUUCUAGAAUUUUCUUCCUGAGCCAAGCAAGCUAAGAACCUCACCAAUGGCAAGGAAGAAGUGUGGACACAGUACUUGAGCAAGCUAUACACAGUGACUCUAGAAAACAAGUGCCCUUUUCACAAUCAAAACUGGGUUGAUGAGUUGGAAGAAAGUCAAAUCACAACACACACGCAGAGGGGGGAGAAAACUAUUGUUACUUGUGUAUAUUUUCAACUGCUCAAUAAAGUCUGUGGUACUGCUGAA